CAAGAAGAACAACAACAAGAAAACAGUCCAUUUGCACCACAUUGUUCAAAAAAAAAAAAAAACAAGAAAACAGUUGAAAGAAUAAUAAAAAUUUCCCCUUUCUUUCAUCUUUGUUAAUCCAUGGCGGAAGAGUUCGCGAGAGCAGUGGAGGACGGCCUCCGGCUGUCGAGGCGAGUAUACUUAGGGAAAGACCGGGCGGUGGCGCCGCCUAGGCCCAUGUCCGCUAUGGAGAAGGCUACUCACUCCUAUCUUCCCACGGCUCCAAUGCUAUACGCCGUGAUCGAGAAUCCGGCCAUCGUCGAUAACCCGGACAUUCCUAGCUACCAGCCUCACGUGCACGGCAGAUGCGAUCCUCCCGCUCUGAUUCCGCUCCAGAUGAACUCCUCUUCUCUCGACGCCGAUUGUUAUCUCGACACCGCCUUCCUCACCUUCACUGGAUCGUGGCGCGUGCACUGCGUCAAGGGGAGCAAGUUCUGCGAUUGCCGUAUCGCGAUUCCGAUGGGCGAACAGGGUUCAAUUCAAAGUGUCGAGGUUGAGGUACCCAGGGGACUUUACCGUACUCAACUGGUUGCGAUUGAUGACAAAACAGAAUCCGAAAAGGCCACACAAGUAGAGGACGGAAGCUAUUUGAAGCCUCAUAUCUUUACAGUCAAAAUACCUCAGAUUGACGGGGGAACCAAUCUAUUAGUCACUAUCAGCUGGUCUCAGAAGUUAUCCUAUUAUGACGGGGAAUUCAGCCUGAAGAUUCCAUUCAGUUUCCCGGAAUAUGUCACUCCUGCUGCCAAGAAAAUCUCGAAAAGAGAAAAGAUAAAAUUGAAUGUUAAUUGUGGUUUAGGGACACAAGUUUUGUGCAGAACAACUAGUCAUCCUCUAAAGGAACUAAGACGACAAGCUGGGAGGUUGGGCUACUUGUAUGAAGCAGAUGUUAUCAAUUGGUCCAGUAAUGACUUUGUUUUUACUUACUCGAUUUCAUCAAGCCAAACCUUUGGUGGUGUGCUUUUACAAUCUCCAUCAGCUCUUGACAUUGACCAAAGAGAAAUGUUCUGCUGCUAUCUUUUUCCUGGAAUUGAGCAGCGUAAAAUGGUGUUCAGGAAGGAAGUGGUAUUUGUUGUUGACAUAAGUGGGAGCAUGAGAGGACAGCCUCUUGAGGAUACCAAAAGUGCACUCUUUGCUGCACUAUCGAAGCUUGACUCUCAAGAUGCAUUUAGUAUAAUAGCAUUUAAUGAUCAAACUUAUCGGUUUUCAUCAUCCCUUGAAUUGGCAACAAAGGAAGCCAUUGAAAAUGCAACUCAGUGGAUUCACAUGAAUUUUGUUGCUGGUGGUGGUACAAAUAUUUUGAAUCCACUAAAUCAGGCCCUUGAGAUGUUUUCUAAUACAACAAGCAAAGCAAUUCCUCUUAUUUUCCUUAUCACUGAUGGGGCUGCUGAAGAUGAAAGACACAUCUGUGAUGUCCUCAAGAGUCAUCAAACAAAAAAUAGGACAAUUAGCCCUCGAGUUUGCACAUUUGGCAUUGGGCGGUUCUGUAACCAUUAUUUCCUCCGCAUGCUUGCAAUGUUGGGUCGUGGCUUUUAUGAUGCAGCUUAUGAUGUUGAUUCAAUUGAAGCUCGAAUGCAAAACCUAUUUGCCACCGCAUCAUCCAUCAUUCUUGCAAACAUUUGCAUCGACUUUGAAACUCUUCACGUUGAGGACUUUGAGGUAUAUCCAUAUCAAAUCCCAGACCUUUCAUCAGGAAGCCCACUGGUUCUAUCAGGCAGAUACAACGGAUUAUUUCCCAAGAACCUUGAAGCUAGAGGUAUCCUUGCAGACUUGAGCAAUUUCUCUGUAGACCUGAAGGUGCAAGAAACUAAGGACAUACCUCUUGAUAAGGUACUGCCAAAGCAUCAAAUUGAUAUCCUCACAGCCCAGGCAUGGCUUACUGAAAAUAAGAAGCUUGAGGAGAAGAUAGCAAAAAUGAGUGUACAAAAUGCUGUUGCUUCUGAGUAUACUCGCAUGACAGUUAUAGGGACCGAGAGAACAAAAGGAACCAUAGACUCAACCAAGACAAAGAAGGUUCAUGAUCCACAAAAUCUGGAAGAACCUAAACAGCAAAAGAUUAUAGUACUCCAAAAUCUUGGACUGGGUUUCGGCAACCUUACUGCCACGGCUGAAAACACCCGUCCUGGUUCAGUCGAAUCAAAACCCGAUGCAGCAGAAUUGUUUGUGAAGGCAGCAUCUAGCUGUUGCAGCAUGCUCUGUGAGAAACUCUGCUGCAUGUGCUGCAUUCAGACAUGUUCCAAGAUGAAUGACCAGUGUUCAAUUCUCAUGACCCAGUUGCUUGGCUCACUAGCUUGUUUAGGUUGUUUUAGUUGCUGUGAACUAUGCUGUUCCGGAGAUGAGGGAUAAGGACAGUAUAAUACAUAUGAGAUGUAAGAUUAUUGUAUCAUAGAACCUGGAAAUUUUGUUAAUAGUUUAAUGAAAAAUGUCUUUUGUCAGCUUGACUCCCUUCUCUUGUUAGGCGCUUUUCUGUCCCCUCGAGCUUUACUUUUCAUCAGAAGACACUGAUAUUUGGUGGAAUUUUUCUUGGAUCUUUGUCAUGCCCUUCUCCACUGGUCCAAUUGCCUGGUUAAUUGUCAACACAACAUCCUCAACCACCUGUGACAGAUGUUUCAAUAGAAUGUAAGCCAAAUGUUUUGGAGAAAGAAGACUGUUUUGUUUCUUUUCUUCAAUGUUUGUAUAAUGGAUGCUGAGGCUGGAAGAAGAAGGAUCUUACUUGUUGACCACCUCCAACAACAAUGUCCUGAACACUUUUUUUCACACUAGUCCCUGGCGCCUCGACCUCGGUUUCUGUUUUCUCAACAACAGCUGCCUUUUUCUUAUCUUCAACAUCUACUGACGUUUUUGUUUUUGUUUUUGUUUUUUGAGUUGUGAUCUUCCCAUACGCAGGCGAUGGCAAGAGACGAUAAGGCUUGGCUGAGAAAACAAAGAGGUGAGCAAUGGCAGCAAUGGCCAUCUGUGGAAACAAUGAAAAGGAGUCAUAUAAUCAUCUCAAAGCAACAUGAAUGCCACUUAUACUUCACAAGAAACAGAGAGACUGGAUACCACCUCUAUGCAUAUCAGAAAGUCCUGCAACUUAGUCUGGAAUUUUCCUUCCCUGGAUAGCACACCACAAUAGCACGCUAAGGCAAUGCCCACAUCUUGCCACCACGUUGCAAAAACGAUAGCUUUGAAGCUAAUAAACUUGGCGAGCGGUUUGAUUGCCCGAAGUCUCUGAUGAGUUACAUUAUAAAACUGCACCAGACAGUACAGAGCCCACAUCUGGCUGAAGAACAGAACUGCUGCAAUAUAGGGGUACCUGAGAGAAUUGAAAUACAUUCAGAUCAAAGUUAACUUUGUAGCUAAAACUAUAAAGCAGAAAAUGGUGCAUACUAGCAUACCCGUAGUACCACUUAAACUCGCCAUCCCCAUAUACGCCUAAUAGCUCCAGUACCAGUGUUAAGAGUGCACAAAGAGUCUUCAAAAUCAUCUAAAGAAAGAAAUUAGUGAGCAUCAUAUCCUAGCUAGUAGCAUCCAACAAAGGGAA